AUGACCUUCGGCGAAGAUUCCCGACUCCAAGGCUCUGGAGGUGAUGAGUCUGGAGCGCUCAAGGCCCGCAAGGCUUGCAUCAACUGUCGCAAGCAAAAGAUGAAAUGUAUUGUACAGGGUAACAGUGAAUCAUGCCGACGAUGUCGUCGAGCAGGUUUACCUUGUGUCUUUGUGCCAAGAGCAAACGCUGCUCAGUUACCUCUUGUAUCUGAGCCGUUGGAUCUAGAAUUCAAGAACCAUGUUCUUUCAAGACUUAAAAUCGUUGAAGAACGGUUGGGUCUCUCAGGCGACAAUAAUAUGAGCUUGGAAAUGUUUGCAGCUGCUCAGGAACCGUCUCCUGAGCCGACGAAUGAACCACUCUGGAACGCGAUUUUGCAACUACAGAGAUGUUCGCCUAGUUUGCCUACAACUAUAUGGCAGCGUGAUACUGUUGAGUCUCUGUGGUCAUCCUUCCAUGACAGAAUGCCCGGUCUACACUUUAUGCCUGAUAAACAGACCUUUUCAGCACCCCAACCAGUCCUUCUCGCAUCGAUUCUCUACUGUUCGAGCACUAGAGGACCACCAGACAUGGUAGAAAUCGCACCUCAUUUCUUCACAAUUCUAUGCACUGCCAUAGCACAACUUAGUAUUCCCAGUAGCGAAAUUGGUCGCCCUAUAGAGACAUCCGUCACUCGAGAAGAAUGGGCUUUCCAAACAGUCUUGGGCAUCGUACUAGCUGGACUUCUAACAGAAGGCAACAUACGAGAAACAGGCAACUGGAUCUCUGUAGGUUAUAGACUCAUGCUGGACUAUUGUCCCGCUCACGUCGAUGAUACAUCACGAGAAUGGCGAAAGUUAUUCAGUGGUAUACAGAUUGUCGAUCUCGAGCACUCUUCAAUCCACCUAGCUUAUCCAGUCAUACCGAUCGAAGCACCACUCGCAACACUUCGGAUGUCGCCGCUUGACCAACUAUACAAGUUAUCGCGCAUGAUGCACACAGGUCUCAGCCACUUCACCGGGCGUCGACUGCCGACGAUAUGGUCAUGCUUUGAAGAUUCGCGAGUUGAGAAUAAUAACUUCACUACGAGCUUCACAGCUAUCGAUGGUGUACUUAUUCGAGAUUGGGCCAAGCAACUAGACGAUUGGCUGGUGGAGUUCAACGGAAAGACACCCGAGCAUGACCAGAGCAGCAAGCUUGUCCUUCGACAAUAUGUUCUGCAUCGGCUUCUCGUGCUUUCGAUUUAUCACCCUGCCAGGAGUGGCAAUCUCUGGUCACAAAGCAUCACAUCUCAUGAACAGGAAGAAUUACUUCUGUCAGCUCGCGCGACCUUAAAGCUUCAUCAACACGAUGAUUCCAUUUGGUCAAACUGGGACUUGAUUAUAAUCACAUGGGCUGCUCUUAUUGUCUUGCAAGGUAUACAAGGUGGUAUUGGAGAAAUAGAAGGUAUAUCAUAA